UGUCAUGGUUAUGACGCCAAGGCUUUCAGAAUUGGCGGUGGUGGUGGGAGGGGUGGAGUAAAGGCGCUCACUCUGGCUCCCCAGGUCUUCAUACCAUCUCACUAGGUCCUCAUGGCUGGACCUAGACACUCAGGCCAUUAAUUAGGUACAAACGGAUAUUCUUUAAAUACUGGCUCAACAUUUAAAGGGAGCAUAGGCGGAUGCCAUGGGGGAAGAACAAUGGAGAAUCCCUGGUGCCAGUGCUUCUUGCCCCCUCUCUGCACAGAGCCUUUAGUUCGGAUCCCAAACCUGUCCACUCUGCUUCCUAUGCGGCCUCCUGCUCUCUCUCCCCGUAAGACAGUCUGGUGACCACCUCUGUCUCUCCAGCAGGCCCUUGGGUUCCACUCCUUGCAACCUGCCCGUGGAAGGUUCACUUCCAACCGCAUGCUCUGCUUCUUGCUGAGAGGUCCCAUAAACGUCUGCAGGGGUGUUUGAGACCCCUCAUGUGCUGGUGCUUGGGCGCCAGCCUGGCUGCCCUUAUCUGGUGGGGGCUGGCACCGCGCCCCACAUUAUUAGCUGUAUGACCGCCCUCACUGCCUGUUCUAAGGGGCUGGGGCGGCAGGGGAAGUAGAAGGGCGUUUCCCCCUUCACUCCAAUGUCGGCUCUCUCACGCAAAUGCGUGGAGGCUUCUUAUAUCCAUCCUUUCACCUUAAGAGUGAUAACCGCCGCCCCCCCGCCCCGCCACUUGAAUUUUUUUUCAAUUCCUUCAAACGAUUUUAAACUAUCCAUGCUCUUGCUAAAAUUUGUGUGUACAUCAUACACUUGUAUGAAGCACGGCCCUAUUCUUUGUACGUAGGAAAUAUUAAAAAUGAUGUUAAAGGGAAGAAAAUUGAUCACACAAACACACACAUCCACGUUUGACAGAUUUUCUGCACCGAAAAGGAAAGGAAAAACAACAGCAACACCCCACAUUCCCUGAGUUCCCUGGUAAUGAUUUCCAAGGGGAAAGACUAGGACUUGGGCUGCGUCUGUCGGAGGGGAAAUCGCUCUAGAGUACAUUUUUGUUGUUAUUUAUCAAACCAGACAUCCCUCCGUGGGCACACUGCCGAGACUUAGGUAAUUGUGUAAUGUGAUAAGUGUUUUUAUGAGUUAUGCAAAGACACAGCGCUUUCCUGACGGCCGGAGCAACGUAAUUCGCGACCUUGUCCGGGCCCCGGUUCCCGGCUCGCGCUGGGCGGUGUCUCUGCCCGAGCUCCGCGCGGCCGCAGGUGAGUCCUGCGCGCGCCCCGCUCUCGCGCCUGCGGGAGGGGCUGGAGCGAAGGCGGAGGACGGGCCGGGGGUGGCGGUGGGGGACGGAGAUCCGGGCCCGACUGCAGCUUCCUCCGGGGGGAGCCGCAUUUCCAGCCACGUCCGCAGCCCUGCCCUCGCGCGCCGAGCCGUUCCCGGCCGUGCCGCCUGGAGGCGCGGAGCCCGCCCGGCUCGCCCAGCCCUGCAGCUCCGGCCGGGGCGGAGGCCGCCGGACCGCGGAGAUGCGGGGCGGGGGCAGGGCGCGGGGAUUACGGUGGGAUCAUGGCAGGGCUGGGCUCCGAUCCCUGGUGGAAGAAAACCCUUUACUUGACCGGGGGAGCUUUGCUGGCCGCAGCUGCGUAUCUGCUCCACGAACUCCUGGUCAUUAGGAAACAGCAAGAGAUUGACUCCAAAGAUGCUAUUAUUUUGCAUCAGUUUGCAAGACCUAACAAUGGUGUCCCCAGUUUAUCUCCUUUCUGUUUGAAAAUGGAAACUUAUUUAAGGAUGGCUGACUUACCCUAUCAGAACUAUUUUGGUGGAAAGCUCUCUGCUCAAGGGAAAAUGCCUUGGAUUGAAUAUAAUCAUGAAAAAGUUUCUGGGACAGAAUUCAUAAUUGACUUUCUGGAAGAGAAACUUGGAGUGAAUUUAAACAAAAACCUUGGUCCUCAUGAAAGAGCCAUCUCCAGGGCAGUGACUAAGAUGGUGGAGGAGCAUUUCUAUUGGACCUUAGCUUAUUGCCAGUGGGUGGACAAUCUCAAUGAGACCCGGAAGAUGCUCUCUCUUAGUGGUGGCGGUCCCUUCAGUAACCUGCUGAGGUGGGUCGUGUGCCACAUAACGAAAGGAAUCGUGAAACGCGAGAUGCACGGCCACGGCAUUGGCCGCUUCUCAGAGGAGGAGAUUUACAUGCUGAUGGAGAAGGACAUGCGGUCUUUAGCAGGGCUUCUGGGUGAUAAGAAGUACAUCAUGGGGCCCAAGCUUUCCACUCUAGACGCCACCGUCUUUGGACACUUGGCACAGGCAAUGUGGACCUUACCCGGGACGAGACCUGAGCGGCUGAUAAAAGGUGAGCUGAUCAAUCUUGCCAUGUACUGUGAGAGGAUAAGGAGGAAAUUCUGGCCUGAGUGGCACCAUGAUGAUGACAACACCAUCUAUGAGUCCGAGGAGAGCUGUGAAGGCAGCAAAACGCAUACGCCCCUGCUGGAUUUCAGCUCUUACUCAAGGACAGAGACCUUUGAAGAUGAGGGGGCAGAGAACAGUUUUUCCAGAACCCCAGACACGGAUUUCACUGGACACUCGCUCUUUGAUUCUGAUGUGGACUUGGAUGACUACACAGACCAUGAACAGUGCAAGUGACAUUCAGCCCUGCUGACCCUCCUCUGUUGGAGCUGCCAUUCCCUGGGGUCAGUCCAGUUUCCCAGGUAGAAGUCCAUCCGAGCUGGGAGGAGAUCUUCGUGCUUGACACAGUUCUCACAAGCUAACUGGACUAGAGCAGCCUUAUUUCUUUUUUGUACAAACAAGACACAGAACCAUUCCAAUGGCUCCAUUUAAAGCAAACAGGCAGAAGAAAAAGUCAGCAUGGUUCCUGAAACCCACUUUUGUUUUCAUUAGAAAACUAAGAUGGUGUGGUAGAGCAGGUGCAAGAGCAGGUUGUCCACAGAUGGUGUGUACAUCGAUCCCCUGCAACCCGAGGGCUUAGGUGCAAGAUGGAUUCUUGAACAUCCUUCAUCCAGCAGGGUUCAAAGUCAGGAGAGAUGUCAUCAGAAGGAAUGUAGGAGAUAAAUGUUCUAUGGUGGCUGCUUGUUAUUUCCUGUGUGUAUAUUGUAUGUUGAGAUAUAAGUCAAAUAAAAUCCAUAGGUAUU